AUGGCGGGUAAAAAGGGCGCGCCAUCGAAGUCGCUGCAGCACCCCAAUUCACGCAGGGUGAGGCAGCUGGAGCGCCAAAGCCGCAGGGAGGAGCGGCGGAGCGAGCGAGGCAAGCGGCAGCGCGGCCAAGAGCUGCUGGAGGCCGCGCGUUUUUUUUGGUUCCGGGAACAGUGUCUUGCUCUUGGUCGCCCGCGCUCCGCGUUUUCCCCCGAGGAGGCGCAGGCGUUGGCCCACAUCUAUUUGGAGCGGAACGAUGUGGAACUUGCGUCGCUUCGCUCGCUGCGUGCCCCGCCCACGGGGCGCAUCAAGAAAAUCGAGGCACUGAGGGCCAGCGAGGCGGCCGAGUUCGAGUCCGCCAAGGGGAUGGUCGUUCCCGACCUCGGCGACGGGGACCACGUCGAGGUGCUCACCGAAAUUUGGGACGGGCGCGCCGACACGCUUCAUCUUGUGCCGCGCCGGCGUCUGACUCGCGCUGGCGCGCGUUCCGCGCCGACGGCGCUGGCGCCGGAGCUGAGGGCGCGGUUGAAACCGAUCGAGGAUGUUCGCGAGACGGCGGCGGCGGUGGCGCCGAAACGCGCCCUGAAGUUCCAGGCGCGGAGCAGGACGCAGUCCGUGAAAAAAUCCGCGAAACCAGAGGAAGUCGCGCGGCGCUCGAAGAUGAGGGGCGUUGCGCGGCAGCAGCGGCGCAUAAAGGAGGAGCGCGCGAGGCUCCUGACCUCCAAGCGGGGCGAGUAA